UAUAAAUGGAUCAGGGUUUACCUGGCCUCAGUUUCAUCCAGAGCAAACACCUGAGACCUGUUCAGGAUUCCAGAGGAGGAGCAUCAUUUUCAGCAGCAGCGGGCUUAUAAAACCCGCCCGGUGUUUCGCAGCGAUGAGCCUCCAGUUGGUGCUGAUGGUGAGCGUCGGGGUCGCGCUUCUGGCGUGCGCCCGCCGGACAGAGGCGCGCGUCCGGCUGAACUCCAUCAGAACCGUGAUCCUGACGGAGGGUCACGCGCUGCCCAUGAACAGGAGCGCGUGGGGACCUGACAUGGACCUGACGCUGUACCAGUGCAUGAGCGACCUGGAGUGCAGCGAGGGCAACUACUGCCACAUCCCGACUAAAGGCCCCACACACUCCCGCUGCAAGGCCUGCCGCAGGAGGAACCGGCGUUGUCAAAGGGACAGCAUGUGUUGCCCUGGCAACCGCUGCAACAGCAACAUCUGUGUUGCUGACGUGGACAGCUUUUUGUCCCAGAGCAUCCUGGACCUGGAUGGAGACAGGAGCUCAACGCCGAAAAAAGGAUGGAAGAGAAGAGGCAGAGUGAAUGUUAAAGGAUCAUCUGGUAAAGGUCAGGUGGGGGACCCUUGCCUGCGCUCCUCAGACUGCUCAGACAGUUUGUGCUGUGCCCGUCACUUCUGGACUCGGAUCUGUAAGCCGGUGUUGCGCGAGGGACAGGUCUGUACGCGUCAGCGGCGUAAGGGGCACCAGGGUUUGGAGCUCUUUCAGCGCUGCUCCUGUGGUGAAGGACUCGCCUGCCGGGCAUUACGCGACCCAAGCAGCCAGACUCCUGCACCAUCGUCCUCUUUGCUGGAGGAGGCCUUGAAAUCCAAGUUUGCUGCGUCCCCGUCCCUGUCUCGGCACUCUUCUCCCCACACCUCAAUGCUGUCCGCAAGCUCUUCGUCUUCGUUGGGAAAAUCGUCUUCAGCUGUGGCCAAGACGAGACUCCAUGUUUGCCAGAGAAAAUAACUUUUAGAGACGAGAAGGCAAACAGACUGAUUUAGGGAUGGAUGGAGCGAAAACAGCUUUUUCCAUGUCUGUGAUCGAGCCUCGAGGCAACGGGAGGAUGAUGCAUUGUUAAAGAAAGGGAGGGAUGAAUUACAUUCCUGUUUACACCUGUGAAAAUUCCUCU